UAAGGAGGGAGGGACGGAGAUCCCGUCCGGUCCAGCAGUGAUUUCUCAUCCUCCCGCUUACGUCUUUGACUCCGCCUCUCCACUGCCCUGCAUUGAGCUCAGAGUCUCAGUGCCCCUCUCCUGUUACUCCGUGCUGAUCUACUGAUACGAUGGCUUCCGAUGGUAUGGAUGAACGAUCCCCGCUGUUGUCAGCACCGAACUCGGGGAAUGUCACGCCCACCGCUUCGCCGUACCUGCAGGACUCGAGCCCGAGAGCUGAAUUACCUCCACCCUACACAGCCAUCGCCAGUCCAGAUGCAAGAGGAGUUCCUGUCAUUAACUGUCGAGUGUGCCAGUCACUUAUAACUCUGGAUGGCAAGCUCCAUCAGCAUGUGGUGAAGUGCACCAUCUGCAAUGAGGCCACGCCUAUAAAAAAUCCACCAACAGGAAAGAAGUAUGUUAGAUGUCCUUGCAACUGCCUGCUAAUCUGUAAAGAUACGUCUAGGAGGAUAGGAUGCCCUCGGCCCAACUGCAGAAGGAUCAUCAACCUGAGUCCUGUGAUGGUGAUCCCAGAGGAGCAGCCCGCCCAGCCAGCUCUGCCAGUCCAGCCUGAGGGCAUGCGUGUGGUCUGCGGCCACUGCGGCAACACAUUCCUUGGCAGCGAUGAUGAUGAUGAUGAUGAUGAGUGCUCCCAGUCUUCCUCAGGCCUGGCUUUUCGCGGCCCCUCUGAUCUUUUCAAGUGGAUGGAGCUACGAUUCAAUACACUGGCCAAGUGCCCGCAUUGCAAAAAAAUAUCCUCUGUAGGCAGUGCUCUACCCAGAAGGCGCUGCUGUGCCUACAUUACAGUAGGAAUGAUCUGCAUUUUCAUCGGUAUUGGUUUAACGGUGGGCACUCAGGACUUUGCCAGGCGUUACCAUGCUACUUACGUGUCUUGGGCCUUCGCAUAUCUCCUGGGUCUCAUCUGUCUGGUACGGGCCUGCUACUGGGGAGUGAUUAAAGUUAGCUAUCCAGAAAACACCUUUGCAUAGACAAAGCGUCCAUCCUUCAAGUCCUUAGUGUUUGAUUUCUCUUGAUUUGAAAAGGAUACAACUGUUACAAGAACAUCAGAAUCCAGGGGGCUUAGGUACCUGCAAAUGUUUCAGAUUGAGUUAUUGAUUAGCUCUGAUGUAACUGAUUUGAACCCACAAUAUGAUGACUUGAGGAGUUAAGGUGAAAUCGCUGAUUCUAAAACUAGAAAAAUAAUACAAAUAAUCAUGGUACACCUCUUGGAUUUGUCAUGGUGGGUGGAUAUCAAACAUAUUUUAUGUACUGCAUUUUGUUACCAACUUGACCAAAAGAGAUGAACAAUUUGUCCAUUGCACUAAGAUUUUAUGCAAUUCUUCUUUUGUGUUGCUGCUAGUCACUACAGCUGUUAGGAGCUGAGAGAUGUUAUGUGUUCAGAGAACCUGCCGGCACCCACGGUGGCACUGUCAUAUUCAGAUAUAUUUAACUGUUCUUAAAAUCCUGUGCCAACAUUUUUGUUGUUUUGUAUCCGUCUCCCUCGGAUGAAAUUUAGCAGUAUUUUCAAACCCAUUUUGGCUGCUUAAACUCACUGUGAGCAAUAACCAUGCAUUUUUGUGGCUUUAAAAGAAAAACUGCAUGUUCACAGACACCAGACCUCUAAAACAAAAAUUCUGGGGUCAAUACAAGUUAAGCUGAUUAGACAGUACUUGUGGCAUAAUAUUAAUUGAAUAACACAAAAAUUUUGACAAAAAAAAGCACUGGAAGUGAAUGGGACCAAUUCAUAAAUGUUAAAAUAUUAAAAUAUUCAGUCUUCCGUUAGUAUAAGAGCAAGAUGUAAAUAAUAUGAGAUUUUAUAUGUGAAAAAAAUUACACUACCAUUAAGAAGUUUGGGGUCAGUAAGAUUUUAAUGUAUCGGAAAGAAGUCUCUUAUGCUCACAAAGGCUGGAUUUAUUUGAUCAAAAAUACAGUAAG